GGCAGUCAUUCGUGCGCGACCUGUCGUGCUCAGGGGGUCGCCUGGUUGCGUUGCAGAUCGUCGCAGGGCCGAGCUGCGCGACGUCUUCUGCCCGAUCCAGCCUGGCAACCGCUCCGCUUUCAUCGAUGGGGCCAUCGUGCAGCUCCGCGCCAAUGGUAAUUGGGACAACAAAGAUACAUUCGAAGUCUACGUUUCAGAUCCAUGCGAAUACGAGGAGGUGGUCCAUGACGUUUGCGUUCAUGUCGCGAAGGCGGUGGCUGCACGUUGCUUCCGACCCUGCCCGAGGUCGCGGCGGGCAGGCGCGAGGGGUGCGCUGGAGAGGAUUGGGCUGUUGAGGAAUAUCCACGGAUUGUUCCAGGAGGCGUGCACGGUGUUCUGCAAGGGUUACAGCGUGUGCAUUCCAGAGCAGCACCAGGGGCAGAUGCUUCCGAUCGUUGACGUUGUUGACCAGCCAGCCCAGAACUCCGAAGGGCAUCUCCCCGUUGACCACAAGAGCAAUGCGAAUGCCGAGUUCAUCCAGCAGAAGAAGCAGUGCACUGCGGCGCGGGAGAAGCAGCAGAACGCUCGCCGCGCGUUUGCGGCGCAGCAGGGCGUGGACGCCAAACCGAGACGGUUCAGAGUACAGGAGGCGCACGAGGUCGUUCAGGAAUCGAAGUGCAAGCACGAGGUGGCCGACUUGCUCGAGGGGGCGAAUGAUGCGUGGGAAGCCUGGCCGUUAGCCAGUCGAACAUCGAGUGCUCGGUGUCUGGCGUUCCGACCGCUGGCGUUCGGGGCGGCCUAUAUGUAUGUGAAGUUGGUUCGGCCCUGCAUGAAUUCCCCCAAUCGCACGUGCCGGCUUGCCUUUGAGAGCAUGCGAGAUAACGACAUGUUCUACAUGGGUCGAAUGCUUGGCUCGUGCCCGAGGUGCCGUUUCGACCCCUGGACGUUGAAGCUCGUCGAGCACUGCGGCGAGGACGUCUGCGCCGAGCGCGCCGUCAUCGACGUUGUCACCAGGGCAAUGCACGAGGAAGUUGACAAUGCGAGAAGGGAGGCCACUCAUGCGAGCAUCCGUCGGGGCGUGAUCAAGGCGCCAUGCCAGUCGCCAACGAUAGAGCUCGGUUUGGCCAGCGGCCGCUUCGUUGACCGGAAGGGCAAGCAGAUCUGCGACUGCAGAUCUCCGGAUGCUGGCGGCGAUGACCAGCCUGGGGAGGCUAGCGGCGCCGAGGAGCCAGCGCCGAAAAAUUCCAAGGGGCCAAGUGGAGGCGCGUGCAGGGCGUGGCUGAGCGAGAAGCUCCGAGGCGUGCCCAGAGCGGAUCAGGACUUCAAGGGCGUCCACGUUGCGCGCGAGCAGCAGACGCCAGAGGAGAGGUUUAAACACAUUAAGGAUGGAGCUGCAGCCGCGCAAGCGGGUCGAGCAGGCGCUGCAAAACCACGCGGCCCCGAUGCUCUGGAUGUUCAGAGGGCCUUGCAUCGCGAUGCACGCCGCGACGAACUGCGGGUGAUCAAGGGAUGCGUUGCCGACCGCAUGCGGUCGCAAGUGCAUGGCGACCAGCAGCCGCUGCAUUUGUCAUCUUCGAGCAUGGAUGUGCUGCCCUCUGGCGCAAAUACAUUCGCCUGCACUGCAGACGGCGUCGCGCAGGCCCGCAGGACCAAGCGCGUCGCUGACAAGAAGCGCGCGCUGGAACAGAAGCUUAACGACGUAGCGCUGGCGGCGCACACGGGGCAAUCUGAUGUUUCGGCAGAGGCAUUGGAAGUUGUGUCUGGCGUCUGCAUGUCGCGUUUGCCACUCACUACGGCAUGGGAGCACCGGCCGCCUUUAACUUCGACGGUCAAUUCAGCCUGCUGGAUGCCUCGGUCAGCAAGAGAUUUGGCCAAGCUCGUGGCGAGCCUAGACUCGUCGUCCAACCCCGCUCGCAGGCGCAUUGCUUCGACCCUGGACUCGGAUUGGGAGGCGCGCCAUCUCGUCGUCCAGCCUGACGUGUGCGAACAGUUUGGCAAGAUGCCCGAUGACCGCCCG